AUGUCUUCAAGCACUUCUUCAGUUGUGUCUUCUCCACAUGUAGGAAAGAGAUCAUUUUCCUCCACUAUAAAAUCGUUCUUCACAAACUCCAAUAAAAAAGGGCCAUUUAGCAAUAAAAUUUUCGGUUCGAGCUUUCCACAUGCGAAUCAUGUGGAGGAAUCAGAUGUUGAAGAUACAUUACAUCUUAAAAAAAGAAAGAGGGUGUCCGGUACAUCACAGCAUAGCGACAGCUUGAUUCAGGACAACAAUAGCGCUCCAAUUAUAAUAUAUGGAACGGAAAGCACUGAGAGACCGCCGGUUCUACCAAUUUUGCCCAUACAAAGAUUGAGGUUGUUAAGGGAAAAGCAGAGGUCGAGAAAUAUGCGCGAGCUUAGAUUAUUCCAAUCAACUGGGUUGCCAUCAGUUACAUCUUCGGUUAUAUUGGACUCUCAAGAUAAAACCGAUGGCAAGGAUUCGUACCUACGCACAUCAUCCACUCCUUCUCCGAUUAAAAAGGUGUCUUGCACCGGACAAUUGCCCGGAGAAAGCGGCGAGAACAUCAAUGUUGGACUACCCAUUCUCAAAUCAUUGAAAAAUAGAACCAGUAGAAAAAAGUUCCAAAACCAGUCAAAGGGGACUGUUUGGUCAGCGGAUUUUGAAUAUGACUUAUCGGAAUAUAACGCUAUACAAAAACAGAAUAACAAUGGUAAUGACAUUAAUGCUGACGGUGAUCAGACAACAAUCGGCAACAGGAAGAAUAACAAGAAUAAUGGUUUAAAUGGCAACCUGGCCACAUGCCCUAACCCAACAAGUGAAAUGGAAGACCUACGUUCAGAUAUCAACUCUAAUAGGUUAUCGAAUCCUCAAAAAAAUCUACUUUUAAACGGACCAGCUUCCACAAUUGCGAAAACUGCCGCUAUGCAGAAGAAUUCUGUUCCCAAUUUGGAGUCCUUUGAUACACCUACUUUAAAGAAAACUACUGAGCCCAAAAAGGACAAAGAAAGUAUCGUUUUGCCUACUAUAGGUUUUGACUUCAUCAAAGAUAAUGAGACACCAUCUAAGAAAACUUCUCCUACGGCAGCUUCUUCUGCAGGUGCGGUCUUUAAAUCUAAUUUAACAAUGGGGGAAAAAGAUAAGUCAACGAAAACUGUCGAAACGCCCACUUUAUCUUUUAAUUUUGGUCAUAAGGCUAAUAAACCUAAGGUGGCCGACAAUAGUGUCCCUUCCACAACUUUAUUCAAUUUUGGCAGGAAACCAGAUACGGCUCCUUCUGCCAAUCAACCUUAUACAUUUGGAAAGACAUCCGAGAAAAGUGAAAAACAUACAGAAUCAGAAGCACCUACACUCUCUUUCUCAAAGCCAGCACCUUUUUCAGAUAUCCCUCCAAAAUCAACUGCUCCAGCAUUUUCUUUUGGUAAACACAAAGAGAAACAAGGAGAGAAUGGUGACAAAGAUAACGAUGACGAAGAACCCAGAAGAAAAAGGCGCGCUCCUGUUAAUGAGGAUACAAACGCUAAGCCUCUGUUCGAUUUUGGUAAGAACAGUAGCCAAAAGGAGGCCAAAAAUGAGAAGUCAGAAAAGGUCACAUCGGAGAAACCAAGCUUUGUCUUUGGUUCAAGCAAUAAGCAAACUGAGCAUGCAUCACCAUUUGCAUUCGGGAAAAAGGCUGAUGUUACAGGCAAGACGGACUCGCCUACGCCAUUUACCUUUGGUAAAGUGGCCAUCGUGAAAGAAUCACCCGCCAAACCAUCGGAGACUCCUGCUACAAUAGUUGAGAAACCUACUUUCACUUUUCGCCAGUCAGCAAGUGAAAAUAAAAAUUCUGAAGGAAGUGCAAAACCUACGUUUCCCUUCUCUAGGCCAGCGGAGGAACAAAAAAGUAGCUCAACUUCGAAUUCAGUAGCCAAGCCUUCGUUUUCCUUUUCGAGCAAGUCAGUUGAUAUUCAAGCACCAACGGAUAAUAAAACGCUCAAGUCUACGUUUUCUUUUACUGAACCUGCCCAAAAAGAUUCAUCGGUUGUUUCGGAUCCUAAAAAGCCCUCCUUUACGUUUGCGGCUUCAAAAACUACACAACAAAAGCCAUUGUUUUCAUUUGGUAAACCAGAUGCGACCAAAGAACCACCGGGCUGUAAGACUUCAUUCGGCCUCACUAAACCUUCUCCUGAAGAGACGGAGAAAAAAGCUACGACGCAAUCUUUUACAUUUGGUGGACCGGCAACAAAUCACACCACGGACACGAGCAUAAAACCAUCUUUUAGUUUUGGAGCUACUGAGUCGACUGAGCCAUCGACAACUACGGCAGUGGGAAGUACUGGAAAGCUAUCCAAUGGAUUUUCCUUUACAAAAUUUAAUGGCAACAAAGAAAAGUCAAGUUCACCGAAUUCUCUCUUCGGCGGUUCUGCUUCCUCAACUCCAGUUCCCCUUUUGGGUAAGCCAACUGACGUUAGUAGUAGUACAACAUCUAAAUCUGCAUUUUCAUUCGGUACCGCCAACGCUGCGAAUGCUUCAGCAAAUUCUACAUCAUUUUCGUUCAAAGCUCCUACUACUGGCAACGGGACAACCACCACAGCCAACAAUACCUCAGGAACCAAUAUAGCGGGUGGCUUUGAUUUAGGAAAACCAGCUCAAAAUAUUGCUGGUAGCAACAGCAAUGGAGCAGGCUCCGGAUUUAGUUUUUCGAGCCCAGGAACCGCAGCAAAUGGUGUAGCCUCCAACCAGCCUUCAUUUAAUUUUGGGAACAAUGGUGCAGGAGGUCUUAACCCUUUUACAUCGGCAACGCCAUCAGCUAAUGCUGGCCUAUUUAGUAAAGCCUCUUCCAUGGGUGCACAGAAUAUCAAUGCUCCUUCUGCUUUCAAUUUUACUGGAAACAAUUCUACGACUGAUGGGGGUUCUGUAUUUAAUAUGAACAACAACAGUAACGCUAAUACCGUGUUUGCUGGAUCUAAUACUAAUCAACCUCAUCAAUCGCAAAAUCCUUCUCUUAAUGCAAAUAACUCAUUCACGCCAUCAACAGUUCCUAAUAUUAAUUUCGCUGGAUUCAACGGCGGAAAUACUAUUACUGCGGUCGGCACCUUAAAGCCAAGUGAUAUAUUUGGUGUAAAUGCAGCCUCUGGUUCUAACUCGAAUACAAUAAAUCCGUCAUCUAUUUUUGGAGGGGGCAGUGGUGUACCGACACCUUCUUUUGGGCAACCACAGUCAGCGCCUAAUCAAAUGGGGAUGGGAAUGAAUAAUGGCAUGAGCAUGAGUAGCGGUGUUAUGGCGAACAGAAAAAUUGCAAGAAUGAGGCACUCUAAAAGAUAA